UUUGAGAAUCCUCCGAACUAAUUAAAGUGUAUUUAUUACAUUUACACACCACACACAUUCUCAUAAAAUAAUGCACUCGCACAUACGAUGGACGGAUCGAUGUGACACGAAUACUUACUAUUACAAUCAACUCUUACUGCUGCAUAUUCAUGAAAUGACCCUCUGUUCUCAUUCGUUUAUCUACUGAUUCUUUCUCGGUUGUUUCUAUAAGUCCUUCCUUGUGCGAUCCAUUGUUGACGUGGGGUUUUUUCUUGCAUAUUCCGCUUUGGUACACUUCUGCCAUCCCGCCCUGCUAGCCUUUUUUUACUGGCCAAGACUACUUUUGCGCGGCCAUUUUUGUCUCCUAACGCAGUGAAGGAAAAAGGAAUCCCUCUGUUCCAUGGCACUAUUGCUAUGCAUCUUGCAGCGAAAACGUUAGCACAAAUGUCCAAAAAAACCGUCCGAUAAGAACAACAUUUAUGGUUCCUAUAACUACCUCUCAAAUCAACCGUAAUUCUAUCUACUGCAACAUUCGCGCAACAUACUUAAACAAGAAAGAAAAAACCCAAGGGGUGACGUUGAGAAAUGGCGGCGUACUGCAGCAAGUUCUUCAAGAUCGGGAGCUGCGACGGGCAGAAGGUCGUCGACGGCGAAGUGAUGCCGUUGGUGCUCGAGCCGGCGGACCCGGAGAACAAGGACAUCGAGUCGCUGGUGGAGGCUCUGGGGAACAACAAGGAAUGGUUCGACCAGAUGAUCACCAAAAACAGCGCCGUUUUGCUGCGGGGAUUCGGCGUGGAAAACGCAGUCGACUUCAACGACGUCGUUGAAUCGUGUGACUGGGAGGACAUCCGCUACGUUGGGCCGGCUCCCCGGACCCAUAUUCACAAGCGGAUCUGGACCGCCAACGAGGGCCCCUUGUCCGAGUUCAUCUACUACCACCACGAGAUGGUCCUGAUAAAGGAGUUCCCGAAGAAAGUGAUACUGUUCUGCGAGAUUCCUCCGCCGGAAGGAGGCGAGACGCCGUUCGUGCCAAGCUUCAAGGUGACGGAAAAGAUGCUGAAGGAGUUCCCGGAAGAAGUCGAGGAGAUAGAGAAGAGAGGUCUGAUGUAUUCUUUCUCUGCACCUACUCGAAACACCACUGCUUCCAUGAGAGGCCGAGGUUGGGAGGAUGCUUUUGCUACAUCCGACAAGCAGGAAGCCGAGCGCAGGGCCAAUGCUCUAGGGAUGGAAAUCGAGUGGCUUGCAGAUGGAGGUGCGAAGACGAUACUGAGGCCGAGGGCACUGACGAGGGUGUUCGAAGGGAGGAACGGGAGGAGGAUGUGGUUCAACACUGUGGUGGGGAUGCAUGGGAAGGAGCAGAGCUCGGCAACAAUGGCGGAUGGGACGGAGUUGCCAUUGAAGUUCGUGAAGAGGUGUGAAGAGAUCAUAGAGGAAGAGAGCAUCCAGUUCAAAUGGCAGAAGGGGGAUGUUGCAUUCUUUGAUAACUGGGCUUUGCUUCAUGGAAGGAGGCCUUCUCUGCCUCCGAGGAAAGUGCUUGUCGCCACUUGCAAGUGAGAAUAUGAUCAUCUUAGGGAUAUGGUAAUGCUUCCAUUGUGAAUGGAGGAAUUAGAAGAAAAAUAAAGGAGUCCUGAAGUUUCAUAUAUAUGUUUUGUUUUUCUACCUUUGAUUUUUCCCCUUUCAUUUAGCAAGGGAAGGGAGGAAUUAGAAAAAUAAAGGAGUCCGGAAGUUCCAUAUAUGUUUGGUUUUGUACCUUUGAUUAUGCUUUUCUUUAGGAAAAAAGAGUAAACAAAAUGAAGUUUUAUAUAUGUUUGCUUUUCUACCUUUGAUUGUACUUUACUUCAACAAAAAUAACAUGAAGUUUCAUAUAUUUUUGCUUUCUCACUUCGAUUCGGCUUUCUUUCGACAUAAUAGAGUACGCGCAAAAUUGCGCAUCCGGGGAAUCGAACCCCGGUCAGUACCGUGGGAGGGUACUAUGAUACCACUACACUAGAUGCGCUCCUGAUGGUCAAAACUUAACAAAGUAUUUGUAUUUAUAUACGAAAUGUAGUUCAUAGAAGAGUAGCUAGUUUGUUGGAUUCAUUUUUAUCUCUUUAUGCAACAUUUAUUUCAUUAGUAACUUUCAAAUAAAUGGAAUAUUUUCUUCCUCAAAAAUGAAACGAUUAAAGUACG